AUGGGUCACAUUGAUGGUGCCACUCUACUAGCGUUGUGUGUUGCUCUGCUGUGCGACUUUGGUGCCAGCUCCAUCAGGACCACACAUGGGAUGGAUGCCUCACAAGGUGAAUGUCCUGACAACAAAAUCCUAACCCUGGAAUAUCCCUGCGUCCGAGCUGGAGGGAAAAGCAGUACCUGCUUCAGGAGGAAAUGCUGUGAAGGCUUCAGAUUUGUGAUGGGCCAGUGCAUACCUGAAAGCGUGGACGUGUGUGCCACAUCGCCAUGUGAGCAACAGUGCACCGACAACUUUGGACGGGUGGUUUGCACGUGUUACCCGGGUUAUCGCUUCAACCGGGAGAGACACCGCAGCCACAAGUCUCCGUAUUGUCUGGAUAUCGACGAGUGCGAAGAUUCUAGCGGCGACGUGUGCGAGCACGAGUGUGUCAACACAGGUGGCAGUUUCCUAUGUCGAUGCCACAGUGGGUACAUUCUGGCUCCUGACCAGCGAUCCUGCAUUGCAGUGCACAACAUGAGUUCAUCAGAAAAGUCUGACACGCUGAUGAGCGCGGGCACCUGCUCCUUUACCUGCCAGGAUUUCAUCAGCAUGAAAAGCAGCCUGCUGCAAAUAAAACUGCGACUAGCGGGUCUGCAGGUUCCUGAUCUCCGGGCCAACCGCAGCGACAAACCUCCUCUCGGGAGGCCGGGAAAAAGUCUCGACAGCUCGUGUCGUCCUGGUCUACCUGGACCUCCGGGACCUCCUGGGCUCCCAGGUCACCCAGGUGGGCCAGGAGCUAGAGGGGACCCAGGCGGGGGAGGCCCCCCAGGGCCAAGGGGUCCUCGUGGGGACAUUGGGCCAAUGGGUCCAGAGCCUGAUUUAAGGCACAUCAAAAGAGGUCGCAGAGGACCAGUGGGACCACCUGGGGCCCCUGGAAGAAACGGCUCAAAGGGUGACAGAGGAGCUGAUGGUCCCAGUGGUCCCCCUGGCCCUCCCGGCUCGUUCGACUUUCUGCUUUUAAUGAUGGCCGACAUCCGCAAUGACAUCAUCGAGCUGCAGGAGAAGGUGUUUGGAGAGAAGAGGACCAUCUUGGACUCUCCUCCCUCUGGCGGGGAGCCCGAUUUUACCGAGUGGGGGUCCGGCCAAGGGGACCUCAUGUUCAGCACAUAA